CUUCUGAACGUACUAGAAUUUGGCGGUUAAACAGGAUUACAUUCACACCGAUCUACGUCAGUGAAGAAGUCGCUAUUGUCAGAGUAUUUCACUUUAAAGCUGAGAUCGUUGCAACAGACAACAAAGCGAUGGAUAAUGAUUUACCUUACUCCGUUGAAUAUGCGAAAAGUUCGCGUGCUUCGUGCCAAAGUUGUAAAAAUUCAAUCAUGAAAGAUACACUAAGGCUCGCCGUUAUUGUUCAGAGCCCUGUUCAUGAUGGGAAGAUACCUAAGUGGUACCACCCUGCUUGCUUUUUUCUGAAACAAAGGCCAAAAUCUGCUGCAGAUAUUGCAAAUUUUGAUAAUAUACGUUGGGAAGACCAACAAGAAGUCAAGAAGAACAUUGAGGAAGCAAGUAAGCUUCCAUUACCUGCUACUGGUAGAGGGAAAAAACGUAACAGUACUGCAAAAAAUAUUGGUCUUGGAAAUGACUUCUUAAUUCAAUAUGCAAAAUCUAACAAAUCACUUUGCAGAGGGUGUGAAGAGAGGAUAGUGAAAGAUGAAAUAAGAAUAUCAAAAAAAGAUUUUGAAAGUCAGGAAGCCAGAAGAUUUGGGGGCAUGGACAGAUGGUAUCACCUUGAGUGUUUUGCAAAACUAAGGGAAGAAUUACAAUUUUAUGAAGGUGGUGAUAUACUGCCUGGUAUAGCAGACCUUUCCAAGGAUGAUCAGAAAACAGUUAAAAGUACUUUACCAAAAAUUAAGUCAGACUCUGCACCACCCAUAAAAAAAAUUAAGGAUGAACCUGAGGAUGUGGAAGAUGCGAAAAAAAUGGAGAAGCAAAACAAUGAAAUAUUUAAAGUUAGAGAUAUGAUCUCUUCAAUGAAAAAAGAUGAUCUCAUUGCUCUGUUAAAGAAAAAUGAACAGGAAGUUCCAGAAGGUGUAUCUGCUAUAGUAGAUCGUUUGUCUGAUGCAAUCUGCUUUGGAGCUUUAAAACCAUGCCCAAAAUGUAGUGGGCAGCUUGUAUAUAAUUCAGGGAUUGGAUACAAAUGUGUAGGAGACUUAACAGAAUGGACUAAAUGUGAAUACAUAACUCAAGACCCUAAAAGAAAAAAAUUUGAAAUAUCGUCGGAUCUGAUCAAGAAUUAUCCAAAUUUGAAAUCUUUAAAAAUGAAAGUCAAGAAAAGGUUAAUAAAGGUGACAGCACCAUCAACGUCUAGCCUAAUUAAAAAGGAAGAUAAUGUUGAUUCUGGGCCUAAAGUUGAAGCUAAACCAAAACCAUUGAAGCAUAUGCAAUUUGUUGUUAUUGGUCGUACAGAAAAAGAUAAAGAUACUUUGAAAAGGAAUAUUAUGCUUUUAGGAGGAGACGUAACUACAAAGAUUCACGAAAACUUAACCGCCGUUAUAUCGACUCAAAAUGAAAUAGACAAAAUGAGUAAGAAGAUGGAAGAUGCUAAAAGUUUUAAUAUUCAAGUUAUUACCGAAGAUUUUGUCGACGAAGCAAAAGACUACACAAAAUCUGCUGUUUCGCUCAUUAAGAAAAAGACCAUUUCAAGCUGGGGCGGUAAUUUGUCCGAUAGGAUUAAGACUGUCGCAGAAAAAUCCUCUGCCUCAAAAAGUAAACGUAAAAGUGGCUUUGAAAAGUCAGGAUCUGGUACAAUGAAACUGACAUUAAAAGGUGGUUUAACUGUUGAUCCACAAAGUGGCAUGGAAAAUGAUACACACGUAUAUCAAAGUGGUAACAAUAAAUAUACCGUUACAUUGGUACUUUCAGACAUACAAACUAAAAAAAAUAGCUACUACAAGUUACAGAUUUUGAAGCAUGAUAAACAAAAUACGUAUUGGUUAUUCAGAAGUUGGGGUAGGAUAGGAACGACUAUUGGCGGUACAAAACUGGAAAAAUUAGCAUUAGAAGACUGUAUAGAAGAAUUUGAAUCUCUUUACCAAGAAAAAAGCGGGAAUGACUGGAAUCGCAGAGAACAUUUUAUUAAAAUUCCUAAUAAAAUGUACCCAGUUGAUGUCGAUCUUGGGGAUGAAGUACCCGCACAAUUAUUAGAAUCUAACAUUAAAAGUGAUUUGGAACAGCAAGUACAAGAUUUGAUGAAAUUGAUUUUUAGUGAAGCAAAUAUGAAAAAGGUGAUGACAGAGUUUGAAAUUGAUACAGAUAAAAUGCCCCUUGGAAAAUUAUCUAAGAAACAAAUACAGAAAGCAUAUGCGGUAUUAACGGAUUUACAGGAUAUAUUAAAAAAUGAAAAUGUCGAACGAGUUACUUUGAUUGAUGCAUCUAAUAGAUUUUAUAAUUUAAUACCUCACAAUUUUGGUGUAUCCGAAUUAAAGAUUUUGGAUACAACUGAAGAAAUCCAUGCAAAGUGUGAAAUGCUAGAUGCAUUGCUUGAAAUGGAGAUUGCAUACUCUCUUUUACAUAGUAAGACGGACGACACGAAAAAUCCACUCGAUGCUCAUUAUGAACAAUUGAAAACCGAUAUCAAAGCAUUAGAUAAAGAAACUAAGGAAUACCAGGCUAUUCAGGAGUAUGUAAAGAAUACUCAUGCAGAGACUCACACACAAUAUGAACUUGAAGUUGAAGAUGUAUUUGUUGUAAAAAGAAAAGGGGAGGAUAGUAGAUACAAACCAUUCAGGAAAUUACAGAAUAAAAAAUUACUAUGGCAUGGUUCUAGAACAACGAAUUUUGCUGGUAUACUUUCUCAGGGAUUAAGAAUAGCUCCACCAGAAGCUCCUAGUACAGGUUAUAUGUUUGGUAAAGGUAUAUAUUUCGCAGACAUGGUAACGAAAUCUGCGAACUAUUGUUGUACAAGCAAUGAAAAUCCUACCGGAUUAUUGUUACUUUGCGAAGUAGCAUUAGGUAACAUGUACGAGAGAUAUGCAGCAGAUUAUAUUGAAAAAUUGCCGAACGGCAAACACUCUACGUUUGGUCGCGGACAAACGCAACCCGAUCCUAAAUCUGUAUAUAAAACAGAGGAUAAUGUUGAAAUUCCAUAUGGUCCGCCUGUACGUGCUAAACUACCAAAGAAAUCGACUCUAUUGUACAAUGAAUACAUUGUAUAUGAUGUUGCUCAGGUAAAGGCACGAUACUUGUUAAAACUAAACUUCAAGUACAAAAUGUAAUAUUUCUUCAAGUAAGUUUGAUAAGAUUAUGAUAUUAUAAUAUUAUAAUACUGAAUCUAUUUCAUAUAUUAUGCUCAAUAAAACUUACCUUCGCAUCCUCGAUAUUUAAAUAUACUCGCGAUA